ACCAUCGUUCCAUGAAAUGGAGCGAGGGAGAAGAAAAGGAAGAGGCAUGAGAACAGCAUCGCUCUUCUUGGUGCUGGUGUUCCUGUUCAUGGCCGUCGCGGCGGAGGAGAGAAGCGAUGCCGGGAAUGUCGAUGUCGGUGGUGGAGGAGAUGAAGAGGCGUUUGACAAGAGGUUUUUGAAGCUGUGGACUGAUGGUGGCGGCGGAGAUGAGGAAGAUCACCUCAGAUGGUACGGCGACGAUGAUGAGUAUGAAGACGACAAGGAGGAAGAAGAACACGGAGAUACCGUCAUGUUGGGUGGUGCCAGAUGCCCUCGACCGACAAAGAAGAAGAAGAGGAACGUUGUGAGGGUCGACGACUUCGGCGCGGCGGGAGACGGCUGCGGCGACGACACUGAGGCAUUCGCGAAAGCGUGGGAGAAGGCAUGCUCGCUGAAAGAUGCAGUGUUCGUUGUCACCGCCAACCGCCGCUACAAGGUAGGCCCGAUCAGGUUCAUGGGCCCGUGCAAGGAGAGGCUGGUGAUCCUGAUCCACGGCACUAUCGUGGCGCCGGAGGAGCCGUCGGAGUGGGACCCUAAGAGCCCACGCCUAUGGCUCCUCUUCGGCGGCCUCGCCGGGGCGCGCAUCCAGGGCGGCGGCAUCAUCGACGGCUCCGGCUCCAAAUGGUGGGCCAACUCGUGCAAGAUCGACAGGUCGAAGCCGUGCAAGGCUGCCCCGACGGCGGUGACGAUCGACUCGUGCUCCGGCGUGCGGGUGCGCAGCCUCCACAUCCAGAACGCGCAGCAGAUGCACCUGACGGUGUCGCGGUCGCGCGGCGUGCGGCUGGACAAGAUGGCCAUCACGGCGCCGGGGGACAGCCCGAACACGGACGGCAUCCACGUCGCCGAGUCCACCGCCGUGACCAUCACGAGCUGCCGCAUCGGCACCGGCGACGACUGCAUCUCCAUCUCCAACGCCAGCUUCGCCGUCAAGAUGAGGGGCAUCGUGUGCGACCCGGGCCACGGCAUCAGCAUCGGCAGCCUCGGCCAGGGCGGCUCCUACGCCGCCGUCGAGGGCGUCUCCCUCGACAACGCCCGCAUCGCCCGCGCCCAGAACGGCGUCCGGAUCAAGACGUGGCAGGGCGGCGCCGGGUACGUCCGCAACGUCAGGUUCUCCAACGUGCUCGUCGACGACGUCGACCACCCCAUCAUCAUCGACCAGUUCUACUGCGACCAGAGGACGCCGUGCGCGAACCGGAGCACGAACGUGCGGGUCAGCAACGUGGUGUACCGGAACAUCACCGGCACGUCGAGGCGCGCGGAGGCGAUCAAGUUCGCGUGCAGCGACGCCGUGCCCUGCAGCGACAUCGUGCUCAGCAACAUCAACUUGUUACGGGAGGACGGCUCCGAGGUACAGACCGUGUGCAACUGCGCCAUGGGGUACGACUAUGAGCCGGUGCGCCCUGCCGCCGACUGCCUCAGAAACAGCGCGUGCGACGGCGGCGGGGACAAGAAGGUCGGCGGCGAGGAGCCAAAGGCCCUGCCGCUACACACCGAACUCUGA